AUUAUUAUUUGUAAGAGUUGAAAUAACGACCUCAAGAAAAUCAGUUCCUAAUGAUGAAAAAAUGGAGAAGAUGAAGCAGAGGAGAGAGAUAAUGGCGGUGGACUAUCUUAACCUAAUUUCAUGUACCGAUUGAUUAUAUACGAAACGCAUGAUUUGAUUUCUCAUUACGAUAACUGGAACUGAAAAAUGACCGAGAAUUGGACUAAAGCAUCAAUCCCUAGUUUCAUAACGCUAAUCCGUGACAAAGUUCAGAAUUACGCUAAGUUUGAUCAGCAAUUUAAAGCUAUGAAAAAUGAUGGAAUCAAAUUGGCCACAUCGUUUUUGGGGAAAUCCUCAAGCUUUAGUGAUACUACUACUAGUACUAGUUCUACUACUUCCAUUGAUGUUAAUCUGGAGAAACAAUUACAAUCUUGGAAAGAUAAUCCUAUUUGGACUGAUCCAUCUCCUGAAAUUCAGGUAACCGUCCCAAAAGGUUCUCUUUGUAACUUGAAUGUGAAAGUCAAUGUUGGUCUUCCUCCUGAUGCAAUUUAUAAUAUUGUAACUGAUCCCGAUAAUAAAAGAGUCUUCAAGAACAUCGAGGAAGUUGUAUCGAGACGAGUAUUGAUUGAUGAAGGACAUAGGCAGGUGGUUGAAUUAGAACAAACUGCAUUAUGGAGGUUUCUUUGGUGGUCUGGGACUAUUACAGUCCAUGUUUUAGUCGAUCAAAAUAGGAAAGAUUACACGAUGAAAUUCAAGCAAGUAAAGACGGGAUUCAUGAAAAGAUUUGAAGGUUGUUGGAAGUUAGAACCUUUGUUUGUGGAUGAAAAGGUUUGUUACCCGUUUGUACCAAAGAAUAUGGAAGAUUACAUUUCAUGUACAAGAGGGAAAGGGAGGAUUGGUUCAAAGGUGAGCUUAGAACAACUUAUACAACCGGCUCUUGUUCCACCCCCGCCCAUUUCUUGGUACUUACGAGGGAUAACCACAAAGACAACCGAGAUGCUAAUAACCGAUCUUAUUGAGGAGGCCUCGCGAAUUAGAAGUGAUUAUGGUUCACUUAAUGAAGAUAAUGUCGCCCCAAUUGAUGAUUGCAACUUGUUAAAGGGAAAACACGACAUUAAAGAAAGAUGGGCAUCACGUAGACGAAAAAGAAGAAGGGGUUUCAUUGUUUAGCUUUGUUGAUUAAAAAGACAGAUCCUGUUUAAUCAUGGUCAUCUGAAUAUCACAUAUAUCUCCCUGUAAAGCCGCAUGAUCAU